CAGGUGGGACGACAGAGCCCGAGAUAUACUCAAUAGAUCUCGAGACGAAAUUAAGGUCACUGCUGUUUGAUGAAUACGAGCCCCUACAGCGGCCCUCGGAGAAUAUCCAAGUGAACAUCUCCCUGAACCUGAUCACCGUUAACGAUCUGGAAAUCAAAGACCAAAAACUGUCCACUUCUGGGUUCUUCCAAAUGCAAUGGACAGACAGUCGACUUAUAUGGAAUUCCACUUACGGCAAUAUUCGAUUUAUGUUUUCAACGGAAACGUAUGUCUGGACCCCAAAAAUAGCAAUAGAAAAUAGUGUCAAUGAUUUGGAAGUAUUCAGCGACGAAAACAGCCUUAUCCGGUUGAUUUCCACGGGAAAGGCUCUGUGGACGCCAGGUGGCGUGUUUGAGACCAGCUGUGACGCAGACGUCACGUACUACCCCCUGGACACGCAAGAGUGCAGCAUCACGUUAACCACGUGGGCGUACACCUCGAAUGAGAUUACCCUUGGUUUCCUGAACAACUCUUUCAUGUUGGACAACUACCAAGAGAAUGGCGAGUGGGAACUGAUAGGUACAAGCUCGAGCCGGGAUUCAGCGCAAAGGAGCAAAGAGGAAUCAUACAGCUACGACAGGUUAAAGUUCACUCUUAAACUGAAGAGACGGCCCCUGUACCACAUCCUGAACACAAUAUUUCCCGUGAUCAUCAUGUCCUGUCUGAUUGUUUUCGUCUUCAAGCUGCCGCCGGAGUCCGGCGAGAGAGUCGGGAUGUCACUCACUGUGUUACUGGCCUAUGCCGUGUACCUUACUCUGAUUGCGGAUAACAUACCCAGGACGUCAACAAGUGCCAGUAUCUUGUCUUCAUACCUGACGAUCAUUCUGAUGCUGAGCACGCUGUCUGUGGUCUUCACCAUUGUCGUUCUUGACAUUUACUUCAACCAUGCCGAUGAUGAAACCCCGCCCAGUUGGUUGCAGAAUCUCACACGCCAUUUCCUUGUGAAGGUCACGUGUUGGAAAGGCCGUGGGUCAGGAAUGACGUGUUGCAGUAAACCAAAGGUUAGCCCAGACAGCGAGAUUCUGACCUUAAACGAAAUCACGGACAAGUCCGAGACCAAGGACAAGUGGGCCUUGGCUGACGAGAAGUCGAGGGUCGCGGAGGGAGAUGGUAAAAAGCUCUACUCGUGGCAGGAAGUUGCCUUAAUCCUGGACAGAUUCUUCAUGCACACCUUCAUCUUCCUGGUGGUGUCAUGCACUGUAAUCUGUAUGGCCAUCUUGUCCUCCGCCUAGCCCUAAGCGACUUGACCAUAGACCAUAAGCAUUUUUUCCAAAUAGUAUGAUAACAUGUAGAGAUCUUUGAUCGUUUGCUUAUCAUGGUAAACAAUUUGAAAUGAACAUCAUUUUAUUAAGGUGUGCAUUGUUUCCUUUUUUUUAGAAAACAUAAUUAUCAGAACUUUGAUUUUCAAAUCAUAUAUUACUUCGAAUCCGAAAUCAUGAUUCAUUACACAUUUGCGUAUAUGUUCGUGAAACAAACGUCAUGUUGCAAUUAGAGUUAAAUUUCCCGAAAAUAUGCAACAAAUAAACAAAUAAAAUUGGCUUUCAAGUAAGUCAUUCCAUGGUUGUUAUGUUUUCUGUUAUUUAAUUGUUUAAAUAAUGUGUUUUUGUUUAAUGUAUAACCUCUAUACGUCAAAAAAAUAUCAGUGUGAUAAAAGUG